AAUGUCUCUCCCGGAUGUAAUACACUAGUUGAUUUGGAAAAAAAAACUUUUUUACCAUUGCUUGUGGAAGUGAGGCGCUAUUGUUUAUAAAGGUGUAUCGGUAAACUAUUGUUAUAGGCCGAAGUUCUACUGUUUGGAGUUUAGUAUAAUUGUAUUAUUUGUUACGGAAGAGACGCACUAGCUGUUACAGGAUAUAUUCUUGUUUAGAUGAACAUGGAAAUUCUUAUUUCUGUAUUUUUGGUUCCAUUUUAGCAUGGUACUUUGUUAAUCUUGCCGAGUCCUUUAUUACUAGCGCAAUUCAGGACUAACAGAAUAAAGUAUGGAGUAUCGGCUACACAGGGACGCUUAGUGUGGACUAAAGGAGGGGAAAUGAUACCCCAGCUACACAGGGACGCUUAGUGUGGACUAAAGGAGGGAAAAUGAUACCCCAGGUACACAUGGAUGCUGGAUGUGGACUAAAGGAAGGAAAAUGAUACCCCAGCUACACAUGGAUGCUGGGUGUGGACUAAAGGAGGGGAAAUGAUACCCCAGGUACACAUGGAUGCUGGAUGUGGACUAAAGGAUGGAAAAUGAUACCCCAUUUACACAUGGAUGCUGGGUGUGGACUAGAAGAUGGAGAAUGUACCCGUGUUUACCUUAAACUUAUCACCAGUUUCAGAUGGACGCUUGUAUUCAUUAAGUAUUAGUAAACUUGCUGUGUAUUCUUAUUAGGGACUGACUAUACAAUUUAAUAAAGCAACAUCAACUGAUACAGUUGGACCGUGAUGACGCAUGCGUAUCAUGCUAUGCACAAAGACCCAAAGGUGACGGCCGACGAUCGAACACAUAAUUAUACUGGAAAGGAUAUCAACAUUAUCGUGGUUGGAAGUUCGGGGGUCGGGAAAACAGCAAUCACUGUGCGCUACCUGACACGACGUUUUAUUGGAGAUUAUGACUCUGGAGGUGAGGCCAUGUAUCAUCACACAACAGUGGUAGAUGGCAAGGCAGUCACAUUACAUAUCCUAGAUACCACCUGGCAGGACUCCCUCGAUAGUAAGAAGGACGAGAUCCAAUGGGCUGAUGGUAUGAUGCUUGUCUACUCCAUUACUGAUUCAGGCAGCCUGGACAGACUUCGGACAAUUGCUGAACAUGUUCUGUCUGCUCGAGCAAAUGACAAGUUGGUCCUCGCUCUUGUUGCCAACAAGUGUGACCUUCUCCACCAAAAGCGUGUGUCUGACACAAGUGCAGCACAGUUUUGCGCUGAGUUCAACUGUAUCUUCUUUGAGACAUCUGCUAGUGACAGUUUUAUAGACAUUGAAUUUGCAUUCUCCUCAGUGAGCAGACAGAUUAAGACUUUGUAUAAAAAGCGGGAAAAGUUGUCCAAGUUCUUACAGAACCCUGCAGUAGUUGCAAAGCUUCAAAUACAAAAUUCACUGAGAAAUUUUGCUGAGAAAAAAUUGAGAAGGCGAACUUCAACUAUGUGAUGAAUUCUUAUCUUGCAGCAACCUUCGAGUGACCAUUUGGGCUCAUCAGAUGGAAAUGGGUGUUAUCAGGUGUGAGUGGGGAUCAUCAGGUGUGAAUAGGGGUCAUCAGGUGUGAGUGGGGGUCAUCAGGUGUGAGUUUGUGUUAUCAGGUGUGAGUGGGUGUUAUCAGGUGUGGGUGGUGGUUAUCAGGUGUGAGUGGUUUUAUCAGGUGUGAGUGGGUGUUAUCAGGUGUGAGUGGUGGUUAUCAGGUGUGAGGGGUGUUAUCAGGUGUGAGGGGUGUUAUCAGGUGUGAGUGGGUGUUAUCAGGUGUGAGGGGUGUUAUCAGGUGUGAGUGGGUGUUAUCAGGUGUGAGUGGUGGUUAUCAGGUGUGAGGGGUGUUAUCAGGUGUGAGUGGGUGUUAUCAGGUGUGAGGGGUGUUAUCAGGUGUGAGGGGUGUUAUCAGGUGUGAGGGGUGUUAUCAGGUGUGAGUGGGUGUUUUCAGGUGUUAUCAGGUGUGAAUGGGUGUUAUCAGGUGUGAGUGGGUGUUAUCAGGUGUGAGUGAGGAUCAUCAGGUGUG